AUGAUCAUUCGAGUACGCUCCAAGGAUGGCAACUUCCGCUUCGAGCUCCAGCCCACCGACGAUGCAUCCCUGCUCAUCGCCAAAGUGCUCGAGACCAUGCCGAGUGCGGACCCAGAGUCGCUCACUUUCUCCAAUCAGCCAAGGGGCGGCGAAUUUGCCGCCAGUGGUCUCAAAGGAAGCACCCUCGGGGAGCUAGGCAUUGCUCAUGGUCACCUUCUGUUUGCUGCGUACAAAGAGAGCGCCUCCGCAGCUUCGAAUGGCGAUGCUGCUGCACCAUCAGCUCCGUCAACGGACGCGUCUUCUGCUCCUUCCACCUCCGCAGCCUCAUCAUCGUCGCAGCUGCCUUCAUCAGCUCAAGCACGACCUAAGAAACCAUGGGAGCUCGCAAAGGAGCACAGUGUCGACACCUACUGGGAGGCACAAGAGGGCAAGAUCACCCGCAAAAAGGACUCGCAAUUCUGCAAGCACGGUCCCAAAGGCAUGUGUGACUACUGCAUGCCUCUCGAGCCCUACGACUCCAAGUAUCAGUCCGAAAACAGCAUCAAGCACCUCUCUUUCCACGCCUACUUGCGCAAGCAGGACAUCGCCACCAACAAGCCCAGCCAGUCCUUCAUUCCGCCACUUGAAGAAGUCAACUACACCGUCAAGAAGCCUUGCCCGUCUGGAAGUCAUCCAAGCUGGCCCGCAGGCAUCUGCACGAAAUGCCAGCCUUCCGCCAUCACACUGCAACGACAGCCUUACCGCAUGGUGGAUCACGUCGAGUUUGCGCAUCCAGAUCUCAUCGAGAACAUUCUCACCUUCUGGCGAAGCACAGCCACGCAGCGUUUUGGCUUUCUGCUUGGACGCUACGAAGCCUAUCCAGACGUGCCUAUGGGCAUCAAAGCCGUCGUAGAGGCCAUUCACGAGCCACCACAGGAGGGAGAGCUGGACGGUCUCACGCUGGGUGUGCCUUGGGAAGAGCAGCCCCGCAUCGAGAAGCUCGCCAAGCUUUGCGGUCUCGAAUUUGUCGGCAUGAUCUAUUCCGACCUCAGCCCUGCCGAUCCUACUCACCAGGAUCCCUCGUUGGCCGGCAAGGUCGUAUGCAAACGACACAAGGACAGCUUCUUCCUCUCUGGCAUCGAGACCGUCUUUGCCGCUCAACUUCAACUCGGCAACCCCAAUUCAUCCCGCUUCAGCGCUUCCGGUCGCUUCAACUCCAAAUUCGUCACCUGCAUCCUGAGCGGCACCGAAGAAGGAGCUAUCGAUGUAUCAGCCUACCAGAUCAGCGAGCAAGGAAUGGGCAUGGUCCAAGCGGAUAUGAUCGAGGCCAGUGUCAACCCCAACAUCAUCCGUGUCAAACCCAGCGAGGGCGAGCGAUACGUCCCCGAGGUCUUCUACCGCUACACAAACGAGUACAAGAUCGACGUUAAGGAGAGCGCCAAGCCCACCUUCCCCGUCGAAUACCUCAUCGUCAAUGCUACCCACGGUUUCCCUAACGCACCCAAUCCGACCUUCCUCAGCUCCAAAUUCCCCGUCGAGAACCGACCAGGUCUGCAUGAUCAGGACCUCACAGUUGCAUUGACCAGCAUCGGCAAGAUUGUUGGGCACAAGGAGUUGUUCCCUGUUGGGGACGGUGUUGAGAGCACCAAGGGCAAGUCGCGGGCCGACGAUGAUCAGGUGCGGGAUAAGCUGGUCGGUGCUCUGAGCGACUGGCACCUGCUCGCUUUCCUCGACACUAGCGGCUUCCUCGAUCAAGACGAUAUGUCCGCCCUCUGCCGUCUGGCCACCACGCACGACUCGGGCGCCGCACUCGAUGCUCUACUCCUCCGCCCUGGAUGGCAGACACUCAUGGCGCUAGCCCGUGAACAUGCGCCUUCAUCCAGUAACGCAAACAAGCCUGCCGAGCCGCCCAAGGACCAGUUCACCUACGAUGGCGGCAUGGACUCAGACGACGACAUCGGCUUCGACGAUGCCAACGAAGACUUUGACGAUGGCGACGAUGACGAUUCCGUCCAGCUUUCCCACGUUCGUCGUGCCUCUGCCAGCAGGAACAAUACCAGCGACACGGACGCUGCCACCGCUGCAGCAAUCGCAGCUGCCUCGGCCGAUGACGGUCCCGCUGGUGUCAAGGUCUGCGCCCACUGCACCUACCACAAUGAGCCUAGUGCCUCCGACUGCGAAAUCUGCGGUUUGCCCCUCUAG